AUGGGUGCCCUCAGGGAUGUGUGUGCACAAGAUAGCAUAACCAAACACCCAAGCAAUCACAUCAAGCUUACUGAUGAUACGCCACUGGUGGGGUUCAUCACCAACAACAAUGAGAUGGCCUACAGAGAGAAGGUGGAAGAACUCAAGGCCUGGUGCCAGACAGAUAACAUCUUUCUUAAUGUCAAUAAGGCAAAGGAGAUGUUCGAGCAAUUUUCAACUUCCAGAGGAAAGCCCAAAAAUCCAGCUCCAAAAAGUAAUUCCACAACACAGCAGGAAGGGACAACGGAGGAGAUCGAUUGGGUACAUGGGCUGGUGAAGAUUGGCUAUCAGUAUCACAGCUUCACUCCUGAAGAAAGAUUGGAGGGUUCAGCCUUGAUGAAAUUCAUUGAAUGGCCAAAGCCUCCCAAUGCUGAAGUUCCCUUUCAGAAAAGCAGUGACCCAUCACAUACUUGCUUUGUUAUUUUAAAUUCUAGCAAGACUUUCUAUGUGGGAGAUCAGUUACAGGUGAUGGUGCGUAUGUACGAUUUUGAAGGAAAUCCAAAGCAAUAUGGGGGUGACUACCUCCAAGCCAGGAUCCACACUCCAGAGUUGAAGGCUGGUUCAGCAGGAACGGUUAUAGAUCAUCAAAAUGGAUAUUACUAUAUAAAUUUUAAUUUAUCCUGGGCGGGAAAAGUCCAAGUGUCUGUUUCGUUGGUUCAUCCCAGUGAAGGGAUCCAAAUAUUAAAAAGGCUACGUGAAGAACGACCAGAUAGAGUGUAUUUGAAAUGUACUUUCAAAGCUGGGGAUGUUUCCGAGACUACAGUAUGCAGUCUGUUUUUGCCUGAAACUAAACCACUCUGCAAUUUUACUGAUCUCAGGGCAGGGGAGCCCUGGUUCUGUUACAAACCAAAGAAGCUUUCCUGUUCUUCUCACAUAAAUUAUGCUGUAGGAGGAUAUGCAAAGAAUGUUAUAAUUGGAGAAGAAAGACGUUUUUUUCAAAGUGGUGUCAACAUCAAGAGACCCAUAUUACCCUGUGGCAUUGGACAUGUAAUCGUAAAGCCGUCCCCACGACAAACCACAGAUCUCAGGGAAUGUGUUCGGGGCAAGCCAGUGGUAUCACUGUCUGGCUUUUAUUUUAAGAACUGGUGGAUAUCGACAACCUGUAAUAUUCGUCACUUCACCACUCCUGCAAAAAUUACAAAGUGCCUUCAUGGGAAAAAAGUUCAUCUGUUUGGAGAUUCUACAAUACGCCAGUGGUUUGAAUACCUGUCAGCUUUCCUCCCAGGUCUUAAAAUGUUUGAUCUUGGCAACCAUAUCAAGGCUGGCCCUCUGUGUGCUUUGGAUGUGGAAAACAAGAUUAUGCUGGAAUAUUGUGCUCAUGGUCCACCAAUCCAAUUCAGAAGUCUUUCAAGCCAGCAUUUGUAUUAUAUUUCAAAUAAAUUGAAUGAAAUUAAAGGAGGGAAAGAUACAGUUAUUGGCAUCACCUUAUGUGCCCAUUUCAACACUUUCCCAGUGGGAGUCUACAUCAGAAGGCUGCAGUACAUCCGGAGAUCGAUUCUGCAGCUGCUCAGCAGGAAUCCAGAUACAGUGAUUGUUAUAAAGACUGGGAAUGCACGGGAAGCUAACCAAGAUUACAUUCUUAACUACAAUGACUGGUUCUCUUAUCAACUCGACGUAUUGAUGAGAAGAAUAUUUGCACACAUGAAUGUUGCAUUUGUGGAUGCAUGGGAAAUGACUAUAGCCCACUACCUGCCCCAUAACAUACACCCUCCACAAAUUAUUAUAAAGAAUGAAAUAGAUGUGUUUCUUUCAUAUGUGUGCCCUUCUGAAAAGGAAUAAAGGUAUUUGUUUACCAUGCAAAG